GCCUCCUGAUGUUUGCUUUGUUUCAGACCCUCCCGUCUGGGCCUGCGUCUGCUACAGCUUAAAACGAAAUUUCCCUCUUCGGUCCAAUAGAGGGUAAUCGACGACUUUCCUUGCUCGCGAAAAAGGAACAGCUUCGUGAAGAUGGCAUUACAAGCUGCUGGGGUUUCAACGUCUAAGGUUCUCAUCCUCGUCGGAGCAGGGUUAACUGGUUCUGUUGUCUUAAGAAGUGGGCGAUUGUCUGAUCUGAUAUCGCAACUUCAGGAAUUACUGAAGGGUGUGACUGAGGAAGAACUCUCUCCUAGCCCUUACAAGUAUGAUACUGCUGUUCUUGCUGCACAGAUUCGGCAACUGACACAAGAGAUCAGGGAGUUGACAUUAUCUGGUCCUGUAACCGUCUUUAAUGGGAACUCUUCUUCUAGUGUGUAUCUGGAAAUGCACAGAAAUUGCUCGUUAUGCAGACUUGGCAAGGUGAUCUUUUUUCUUUCAGGGAAUUAUGCUUCUUACUUGGUACCUGCAGCUGCUGUUGGAGCGAUGGGAUAUUGCUACAUGUGGUGGAAGGGAUUGUCAUUUUCUGACGUAAUGUUUGUGACAAAGCAAAACAUGGCAAAUGCUGUUUCGACUGUCUCUAAACAACUGGAUAAUGUGCAUGAAGCACUGGCUUCAACAAGGAGGCAUCUGACAAAGAAGUUGGAGAACUUAGAUUGGAGGCUAGAUGAGGAGAUCGAAACCACAAAUCUUAUUGCUAAUAAUGUGGAGGAGGUUAAGUGUAACCUUUCUCAGAUUGGUUUUGAUGUUGAAACAAUCCAUCAAAUGGUCUCACAAUUGGAAGGAAAACUUGAGGUUCUUGAAAGGAAACAGAACGUCACAAAUUCUGGUCUCUGGUAUCUAUGUCAAGCUGCAGAAGGUGUCAAAGGCCGCAUAAGCGAAAAACUCUUCCCAGAAGUUGAGGCAAAGAAGAUUGCAACAGUUAAAUAUGAGGAGAAUCCCCUUAAGGGACUGCAGUUCAUUGCCGAUACUAAAGACUCCAUUGUGAAGAGAAAUAGCCUCAACGAAUUCAACGGUGAAAAAGUUGCGGUAGGAAGAACAAGAGUGCACAGGUCAUAUCCUGUUGGGAUUGCUUUGGCACCGGGCAUUAUGGGCUGUGAUACGUAAUGUUUUCCUCCUUAAAAGUUGAUUUCAUUCUCGGUUUCCUAUUGAGUCCAUGAGAAGCAUUUGUGAUUUGCAUAUAAAGUACUACCUUCAUGGUAAGGUUUAUAGGUUUUACGAUAACACUUAUAUUUGUUGUAUAAAUUGUUUGAACAAAUGGAACGAAAAAUAUUGCACAUCUCUUUCAAUCAAUGAUCUGAAUAUUUCCAGAUUCUUUCAAAUA